GUUGCCUUGGUUAGUUCUCGUAAAAUGACACAGUGGCCUGCAUCUGCAUUGCCUGCAUUGCGAAUUGCGAGUUUUGUUAUCGUUACACAGCAACAGGAUUUGUGAACUUCUUAUGUAUUGAAUGACAGGGAUGACAUUUAGUCAUGAACUAAAAAUGGUUACAUAUCACUUUCUGAGGAAUAUGUUGUCAAUCUUGUAAGAAUCUUAAUAAUGGAUUUAUCACGUAGUUUGUUAUUAAACGAUGAAGCUUUAUCCAAGUUACCAGAAGCUAAGCAGCAAGUGUUUGUGUUUGAAUGGCUACGGUUUUUAGAUGAAACUUUACCAUUGUCUCAAAAGUCACAUAUCAGAGAAUGCCAAAAUAAGUUAGUAGAACAGUUAACUGUACGCAUGCAAUGCCCUCAUGGGCCACCUACCCGAAAUUUAAUUGCACGUUGUUUAGCUACUCUUUUUUCUCUUGGGGAUACAUUUUUAUUAUUUGACACUGUUAACAAAUGCAAUGAGAUUCUUAGACAUCGAGAUGAUACAUCGAGCUAUCUUUCAACAAAACUUACUGCAAUUGCAGUUUUGGGAUGUAUGUAUGAAAGUUUGGGAAGGAUGAUGGGGCGAUCAUAUGAAGAAACAAUACAAAUACUAACCAAAAGUCUGAAGCAUGCCGAAUCUCAAACAAGAGCAGAAAUCAUGGUUACACUCAAUAAAUUGUGUGCGGGAAUGGGCACAGUAAUUUCGAGCGUGUACAAGGAUGUAUACAAAGCUUGUAAGCAUGGAUUAACGGAUCGUGCCAUGUCAGUUCGUUGUUCGGCUGCUCGAUGCUUGCUGGAAAUGCUUAAUGAUAACUCACAACAGGAACGUCAACUCUCCUACAUGCUGCUUCAAACAGCUAAUGCUGAUUUUGAGGCUUUGGUGACACUUUGCUUUAGAGCCUUUGAUGGGAGCAAUUACGAAGUUCACUGCACUGUUGCUAGACUUCUUGGCACCCUGAUGGCUGCUAUCCAAUGCCAAGACGAAAAAUCUUUAGGCCAUCAAAACAAAUAUGCCAUUAAAACAGUGAGUUUGGAGGAAGCUUUGAGUUUGCUGAUGUCAGGUUUUCUACGAGGGGGAAUUUCAUUUUUGAAAGGCACUGGAGAAAUGAUUAAAGGAGGUUCUAGUGGCAAUCGUGAAGUACGAGUUGGUGUAACUUAUGCCUACAUCGUGUUUGUUCAAGCAAUGGGUGUUCAAUGGUUGGAACGUAAUUUAACAACAUUUUUAACACAUAUUCUGGAUCUAGUUGCUAAUCCCAAAGUUGCAUCAUCUCAUGUUGAUGCUGUUUACUCACGAAAAUGCAUCAGUUUCAUUUUGCAUUCUGUCCUGGGGAAAAUGCUCAGUGAGAAAGCGCAGUCAUCCUCUUGCAAAGAAAUAGUUCACAUCAUAGUUAAACAAAUGAAUUCAUUAGAUUUUAAUCCAGAGAAUGCAAAAGACUACAACCAGGAAACUCUUUUUGGGCAACAUCUGCUAGUGUGUGCUUUACAAGAAAUGGGCCGUCUUAUUUUAAGACUCGGUACACAAGCACAAAAUUUAAUUCAUGAUUCCUCUUUGAAUCUAAUUGAGGCUACGGUAUCUGUAUUAGUGCACCCUUGCCAGGCAGCGAGGUUGGCUGCAGCUUGGUGUUUGCGCUGCAUAUGUAUUGCAGUGCCUAGUGAAAUAACUCCUCUUAUCGAUCGCUGUGUUGCAGCUAUUGAAAGUAUGAACACCUUGCCUGAAGCAAUAGCAGGUUACAGUAGUGCACUGGCUGCAGUGCUUAGCAGUGUGCGUUACUCGCCUUUAGGAAUCCCUCACACGAAAGGAAAAAUUGUUUUUAAUACUGCGGAAGAAUUAUUAAGAUCAGCUAGUCAAAAUAGCAGGUUAUCUUUGAACAGAACCCAGGCUGGCUGGCUUCUUAUUGGUAGCAUAAUGACUUUAGGUAUACCAGUUGUUAAAGGUCUAUUACCACGCAUGUUAUUGUUGUGGAGAAAUUCUUUCCCAAGAUCUGCUAAGGAAUUAGAAUCAGAAAAAUCACGUGGUGAUGCAUUUACAUGGCAGGUCACUUUAGAAGGGAGGGCUGGUGCAUUAUCGGCUAUGCAUAGUUUUCUCCAGCAUUGUCCUGAAUUGGUCACAGAAGAAUAUAUUCGGAGACUUUUGACGCCUAUCGAAAGUGCAUUAGCUAUGUUGAUAGGCAUAUCGUCAGUCCUAAAAUCAUAUGGCCAACAAUUGAAAGCACCGGCAGCUAUGGUUCGUUUGCGAAUGUAUGAAGCUUUCUAUUUAUUGCCGCCAACAUCAUUCCAGAAUUCUUACACACAUCUUUUGAGAAUGUUAAUAUCUGAAUUCACUCUUGGAGAAAACAUUGCAAAUACUACUACAUCUCAGCUUCAAGCUGUUUGUCACUCAGACGAUUACGUAAUCUUGGGAACAUGGAUGCAAGCUACUGAUCACCAGGCUAUUGAAGAUCAGUUACAGCCAAACAGUGCUGCAAGAUCUGGAGCUUUAGAGCAUGAUCCGUGCUGUUUAUAUCGUCAGUUGCAAACAGAUGAAGAUAUCCCAGGACCUUUACCAUUAGGCGUGGCUGUGAUUGAUAAAUCCAUAUAUCUUUUUGGUCAAAUAUUUCCACAUGUUACAAAUAAACAUAGGUUGCAAAUGUUGGAUCAUUUUAACGAAUGCAUUAAAUUGGCUAAAGCUUCAAGACAAGAAGCUAUCCAAAUGAAUGUAUUUACAGCUCUUCUUGUAGGUCUAAAGGGUUUGACUGAUGUUAAAGGAACUUUGGGACAAGAUGUUAAGAAAAGUGCAACUUCUCUCAUUGUUAGUGCUCUUACUGCUGCGAACCCUGUUCUACGUUGUGCAGCAGGCGAAGCAGUCGGACGAAUUUCUCAAGUUGUUCAAGAUUCUCGUUUCACUGCGGACUUUGCUCAAACUAGUUUUGAUCGUUUAAAAGUUGCGCGUGACGUGGCAAGUCGUACAGGUCACUCUUUGGCACUUGGUUGCUUGCAUAGGUAUGUUGGCAGCUUGGGCACAUCACAACACCUAUCCACUAGCCUGUCAAUACUACUGGCAUUGGCUCAAGAUCUCAGUAGCCCUACGGUACAAGUUUGGAGUUUGUAUGCCUUAGCAUUGAUUGCUGAUUCUGGUGGUCCAAUGUUUAGGGGCUAUGUCGAACCAACAUUAUCCGUGGCAUUGAAACUACUAUUGGACGUUUCAGCUUCACAUGUUAAUGUACAUCAGUGUAUUGGUAAAUUAUUAUCUGCUUUGAUAACAACAAUUGGACCAGAGUUACAAGGAAAUAAUAAUUCUAUAGCAGCAACAAGAUCCUCUUUUCUAAGUGCUUGUACAAUAAUGUUAGGUAAUAACAAUCCUUCUGUUAGAGCUGAAGCUACAGGUUGUUUGCAACAGUUGCAUCUUUUUGCACCGAAACAUGUAAAUUUGAGUUCACUUGUACCAAUGUUAUGUAAAACUUUGGUGAGUACUCAUCUGCUUUUGCGAAAAGCUGCUGUGUCUUGCCUCAGACAAUUAGCACAAAGAGAAGCUAAAGAAAUUUGUGACCAUGCAAUAACAUUAAUGUCUCAAAACAUUGAUGGUCUAGUUAUAACAGAAUUAGGUUUACCAGGAGUUUUAUUUGGUUUAUUAGAUACAGAAACCGACGCACGACUAGUUAAAGAUAUUCAUGAUACAUUAAUUAGUAUGCUUCAAAUAUUAGCAGCCAACAACCUUGUGCAAUGGUUAACCUUGUGUAAAAGUGUAUUAACAAUAACUACUGAAACUGGAACUGCUAAUCAAGAAGAAGGAGCAUUAGAUGAGGAAAAUGAUGACGAUCAAGCAGAAUUUCGUACCACAGAAAAUAAAUCGUCGCAAGUUGUAGUACACCCACGUUGGCCAACACGUGUUUUUGCUGCUGAAUGUGUGCGUAGGAUUAUUGCAGCUUGUGAAAAUGAUUGUCCACAACAUUUUGAUUUACUUUCUGCUAAAGAAUUACAGCUCACAAGAAGUCAUGCAGACUUUUUAGUGUUACAUUUAUCAGAUUUAAUACGAAUGGCUUUUAUGGCCAUUACCAGUGAUUCUGAUGAAUUACGUUUAGAAGGUCUGAAAACUUUGCAAGUGAUAAUUGAUAAAUUUGCUCGUGUUUGGGAACCUGAAUUUCCUGGUCAUUUGUUGUUGGAGCAAUUUCCACAAAUCGAUGCCGCAUUAAGACAAGUGUUUUUACCAGAAACACCAGCUCAUGUGACAUCAGUUGCUUGUGAUGUUUGCAGCACAUGGAUUCGUUCUGGUGUAGCCAGAGACCUUACUGAUUUACGCCGCGUUCAUCAACUUUUAGUAUCUAGUCUCAGUAAAUUUCAUUUUCCGGUUGGAUCUUUGCAAUUAUAUAAUGAAAGUAUGGCAACCUUAGAGAAAUUAUCUAUACUUAAAGCAUGGGCUGAGGUUUAUGUAGCGGCUAUGAUUGCCAACGGAGCGGCGCCUAUGUAUUUUCCAAAACAAAAUAUUAGCAGUACAUUAAGUGUGAAUGAAACAAAUAAAAUGGAUGAUCUUCAUUUUAAAGAUAAAAGCCUUUUAGUUCUUGUUCAACCUGAACUUUCUGAACUUUCUGCUUAUUGGCUGGCUGCAUUACGGGAUCAUGCCCUUUUGUCAUUGCCUUCGGAAUUUGCAAGCCAACUUCCAUAUGAUGGAGGUGCGUUUUAUACUACGGAUACAAUGGAAAGUUCUAGAACGCAUUUUCUUUCCCGUUGGCCAGCUAUAUUACUUGCUACUACAAUUUGGAUCAAUGAUGGAGGCUUACAGAAAAAAAAUGCAGCUGAAGCUGAAGAUAACUCACGUGAUAAAGAUGCCAAAAUGCAGGCUAAUAACAACAUGCCUGCUGUGUCUGCAACGAGCUCAGAAAAAUUUCAUCUGUUAUUUGGGAUUUGUUUAGAGGCCUUAUGCAAUCAACGAACAUUAGAUACAUUGGAUGAUGUAAUCACAUGUUUACAAGCAUUAAAUACUUUACUAGUCACAGAAUGGGCUAGAAGAAUUUUGAUGAUCCAUACAUCUUUACCUAUAGAACUAUGCAAUGUUUUACAUCGUCUAAUUAUAACUAGGGAUGCAUUUGAACCUCAGUAUCUCUGUUUGAAGAUUUUACAGUUAGUGACAAAAGCAGCUGAAGAAAAUUUGGAGGAUGUGAAGAAAAAUAACUUAGAAGAAUCUACAGUGAAUGACGAUGUGCCUUCAACUACCGAGUUAGAUAACCAUGGUAAAGGUAUCGUAAGUAAUGCGGAUCCAGGUCAAUCUUUGGUAUUCGCAAUUUUGAAAGUUUGUUUAUGCCUACUGAUUUGCAAGCUACCAGCUGUAGAUCCCAGUACACUACCUGAUAAAAGAUCUAAACAGAACAGUCAAAAAAAAAUAUGCAAGUUGAAUGAAGAUGACAGUCAUCUAGUAGCUGAAAUAUUAAGAUUAAUGGAAUCUCUUCCACAAUUAUGCUCUCCCCAAGGUGCUCUAUCAAUUGUUCCAACAAUUCUUUUUUUGACAAUAAAUAUAUUUGAAGAAACAGCAAUUAAGGAAAUAAAUAAUGAAGAAAUUUUAAUGGAUUUAUUACCAGUUCAAGCUGCUCUGAAAUGUUUUCAAAGUUUAGCUACACAUAAAUAUGCUACAGAUGAUCACAGCAAAUCUUUUUGGUCAAAUUUACUUCAGAGUGCUCUAGGAAAACUUGUUGAUUUAGCCAAAACUAGUUCAGAUGUCAUUAAAAUUGAUGAAAAUGCUUUAGGACAAGCAAUAACAGUUUUCAUAUUGUAUAGCCCUUCUAAUAUAAUCAAUGCACCAAACCUAUUAUUCCCAUGUAUAAAUCAUUUUAGACAAUGUCUUCAGAGUGAUAAUCUCAAGGUGAGGCUGAGAUGUAUUCAAACUCUAAAAAUGAUUUUUAGUCAUCCUGACAGAAAUCGUGUAAUAUCGUUUAUUCAUGCAUUAGCUCCUAGAUUAAUGGCAAGUCUCUAUGCAUAUUCUAAUCUAUCUCGUGAUCCAGUCAUUUGUCACGAUUUCAUAAAAACUGCUGAUGAAUUAAAUGCUGUUUUAGAAAGUAUUACUGUUUUGGAAACCUUGAUUAAUUUAGCUGAACCAGCAUAUCGUAUACAAAUAUUGACAUUAUUGGUACCUAUAAUGAUUAGUUAUCUGUUGGAACCCUCUUCAUUGAAGUUAUCAAAUAAAAAUAGUCUACAACUGCAUGAAAGUAGCUUGCAAUGGCUUAUGAAAAUUGGUCCAAAGUAUCCCCAAGAAUUCAAAGCAUUAAUGUCAAAAAGUGCAGAUAUGCGUCUUCGUCUUGAAGCCGCUGUGAAAAACCAAGCACAACAAUUAAAGUUGCAGGAUAAAGCACAGAUGAGCGAUGCCAACAAUCUACGCUCACAAAAAUCAGUGCCGACAAUCAAACUGAAAACAGAUUUUAGUAAUUUUUCAUGAAAUUCAGUUAUAUAAUCGGUAGAUAGAUCUUUUAUAGAAUGGUUUUGAUUACUUGCUAAAAGCAUUUUCAUAUUAUAUUGGUAUAAUUAGAAGGCUUUUAUCAUUUGACCUGAAUUUAAUAUGCUUAUGUAAAUAUCUGUUAUUGUUGAAAUGUUAGUGUAACAGUUCAUAAAUCACUUGGUUCA